GGCUGCUUAGUUGUAUAAUGUCAGAUUUUAUUGACAGUAUAUUGACGGUUUUUAUUUUAUUUUACUAACGUUUUACAUCGGUAUUCACUAGAAAAGAAAAUGAGAAGCUUCAAAUUACAUCUAACUACAAUCUGUAUUUUUGUAUUAAUGUCUUUUGAGAUAUUUGGCGAUCAAUCGAAAACCAUUGAAGUUGAAGCAGUAGUUGAAACUGGGUUGAGGGAAGGUGAUUGCAGCAAGGCUGUGCUAUCCGAUAUGGUGUUCCAAGAUCAUAUCAGGAAACCAACAAUUCCGCUCAUUUCUAGAAACGCGUCUGUGACUUGGCAUGGCGACGCUAAAAUUUAUUGCAUCAUCGCCGAACCCGAAAAAGAACAAACUCCGGGCUCUAAUGUAAUUGUCAAAGACGGAGGAGUCAAUCACACUUUUGUUAACUUAGAAAUACAUUCUAAGAAAGGCGAAGGUUUGGAUUAUGCUGUGCAAAUUUUUGGAAUAAAGGUUCGAUAAAGAUUCAAGAGCCAAAGAUGUUUACUUAUUUUUUAAUAUCUUGAACAUUAUUAAUAAAAUAAAGUUACAGAUUAUAAA